UUGCAAUUGAAUUUUCAUACUUCCAGGAAUUGGAGUAGGAGGAAGAAAGAAGUGUAUGUUACUCGCGUGGUGUCGUUGCAUGACGUGUUCUCUGGUGCAAAUCUGAAGGCCGUCGAAUCUCACGCCUAUCUCGUACGUUUUCUGUGAAAGGAGAGGAGGAAAACGGUGAAAGUUUAUUGGGAGAACCUUCAUUUACCUUGACUCCAUUCGGCAUACCUGAGUGUGCAAGAUGGGUUCCACCAUGGACGGAUGCGGAAAAUGCAUGAAAUAUUCCCUCUUCGUGGCCAACUUCAUCAUUCUGAUUGGAGGGAUCGCGGUGUUGGGAGUGGGAAUCUGGACGGUGGUCGACAAGGCGACGUUGGAAGCUCUCCUCGACACCAAUCUCUUCUUCAGCGCUGCCUACAUUCAGAUCGCAACUGGGAUUGUCAUCAUCUUCCUCUCGUUUCUCGGAUGCUGUGGAGCCAUGAAGGAAGUCAAAUGCAUGCUCCUCACUUAUUCCAUCCUCCUUUUCUUGCUCUUCAUCGUCUUGCUCGUGGCCGGGAUCUUGGGCUACGUUUUCCGUGACAAAGUCGAGGAUUCCAUUGAUAUGGCCAUGAAAAAAUCCCUUCAUGAAUAUGAUGACCGUUUACAAGACCCCGUCAGGCUUGCCUGGGAUGAUGCGCAGAAAAAGUUUGAGUGUUGUGGCGUCGAUAGACCAGAAGACUGGCAGUCAAAUACAAAUCUUAAAGGCCGAUACCCAAAAAGUUGCUGUCGGAUCGACUCAGAUGGAGAUACAUUGCAUUGCGAAUCGUCUGUGACCAACACGUGGAAGGUAGGAUGCCGGCAGAAAGUAGAGAUGUAUCUCCGAGAACACGGUGCUGUUUUAGGAGGCAUAGGGAUCGGUAUUGCUUUCCUAACGCUCUUGGGAAUAAUUUUCGGCUGUGCCCUAUGCAAGACCAUUGAGUGAACUUCGAUGAAUCUCGCCUCACCUGAGUGUUGUAAUGAGUGAUUGAGUGGAAAUGUGUCUGCAGAUGAACUUUUCAUUCCCUUGCUGGGUGAAAACGGGUAUCCCAAACAUACAGCAAUACCCAACUCAACGUGGGAUCCAAGAAACCCCUGGAUCUGUAGACCUGUAUCCACCAAAGACCUGUCAUCUUUCUACUUGUCCCUGGAACUCUUGGGAUUUACUCUGCUUUCCUUGAGUGCCUUUUGAUCAUUUCUAGGAAAUGGCUCAAUAAGGCUACUUUUAAUUAUCAAAAUAAUCCUGGGCCUUGAAAAUAAGUGACACUGUGAUUGUUUUACUUUGGGAGUGUGCAUUGGAUCCUUUUAAAGGAAAAAUGGUAAGGUAUCCAGGGACAUUUUGCAUAUUCACUGGCUACGUUUGAAAUACGUUUUCAGAUUUUAGAUCCCAUACUUGGGUAGUCAGAAAGACACCACCUUCUGUAUGUUCCAAAUAUAGUCAUAUUCUUCUUCCUAGUUUUGCUAAUUCUGAUUAAAAAAUUUUGCUACUUUCUUAUCACUGUGACCCAAUACUAAUUGACUAUCAGUACACUAGUAAUUAUGCAUCGUUAUGAGUCAUGUUGUCAAUUGCAAAAUUCAGUAUACCAGACUAAAUCUCCAACUUCUCUUGGCCCUUUCAGUUGUAAACAGUCAUAUCUCUUGAGUUGUCACUUCUAGGCCAUCAAGGUAAAUUGAGUAGUCAGGAGAGUUUUCAGGGAUCAAAUUUAAACUCCCCUUAUCUUUUUUAUUUGUCACAAUGUCUCCAGGUUUUUUUUUGUUGCUGUUUCUUGGAUUUGAGAAAUGUAUGUUUCCUCUCUUGAAUUGUUCUUGGCAGCCUGUUAGUCAAACGAGGUCGAACUUUUACUGUCAAGCACUCCACCUCAGAAGAAGGAAAUGGGUUCUAUUGCAUUUAGAUUAUAUGGUUGUCUAUUUGCCCAGGAGUUAAAGGUUGUUUUUUUUAAAAUGUAAUUUGACUUCCAUAGUGAAACUAGUAUCUCUACUUUUGAUCCUGAUCAGAUGUAAUCUCAAGUGGCAAUGCCUAGUACAUGAACCAAGUGGAGUGGGCAAGGGGAGAUUCUUGUGCUGGACCUUGUCUUACACCUUCAUGAUGUGACAUGCAUCUGAGAUCAUGAGAUAACAUUGAACUUGUUGGCAUAAGCAAGCCAAGAAUUGCCAGAACCAAAGGAUGGCAUGAACUGCAUCCAUCCAUGAGAAAAUUUUUCAGAAUUGUUCUAAACUUUCAGUGAAUAAAAGCAAUGAGUACUGUCCAUGGGUUUUGGAUCAACUAUGAGGAAAGCAGCUGUCAUAUGACAUGAAUACCGUAUACUGAAAGGGGAAAUAGUCCUCAUUGAAAUUGCAACUAAAAUGUUGAAGAAAAAAGAGAUGAACAUGAUGGAACUUCACUUGAGUACAUAAAAAAUAUACUGAAGUAUUGAAAGAGGUUCACAAAGUAGAGAACUAUAUCAACAAUCAAUAAAAGCCUGCAGUAUGAGAUGCAUUUGCAAAGUUUUUAGAAUUUUUUAGAUAUUCAACAUGUUGACUGCCAUGGCCUCUUUUUUGUACAUUUCAAAACCCUCUCUUUGAGGCCAAACCUACAGGGUUGGCCAAGGAAAGUAUGCCACUCAAAAUGAUGUUAAAAGCCAUAUUUCUUAACUGAUUAACUUGA